AUGGGGGAUAACCUGAGACUCAUGGAGACCCGGUUACAAACCAGCCAGCCUCAGGUGGCUUUCUCCGCAACUCUCCAGGAGACAGGCAAUGCCGCUGGGAACACUGGACCUUUCACCACUCCCAUUCCCCUGCAGUACAAGAAGGUCUUCUCAAACAACGGCAGCUCCUACAACCCUGCCACAGGUAUCUUCACUGCAACGGUCAAAGGAAUGUACUACUUCCGUUUCUCGAUGAUGAACAACCUGAAUGCCACUCCUAAUUCUGUGGUGUGCUUGACCAAGAAUGGGCAGAGGCUGGUGUCUGUCUGGGACACUGCAGGAUCUGAUGCCAACGACAUUGACAGCAACGCGGUGGUCAUUCCUCUGGAGGUGGGAGAUAAUGUCUAUGUUGAGUUGAAGGCUAACAGGCUCAUCUAUGAGUGGUGUAGUGGAGAGAAACUAGGAGCCAUGGGGGAGAAACUGGGAACUAUUACAUUUUAG